UCUCAUUCUGUUUUUAUUGCGCUUCUUUAACUAGCAAUAUAUCAUUUGCGAGCUUUCAUCCUGGGCUACAAAAGAGAAUUUUUAAACAUGGCUAAGUCGCUCAUAAUAUUUCUUCUUUGUCUCUCGAGCGUCUAUUCAGACCCAGAGAUGAAGGUAGAAAUCUCCAAGGAUGAAGUAGCGGAAAAAAUUGACGACACAUCUGCAUCAGUUAAAUCAAAAAGAUAUUCUUGGCCUGCUCAUCCAACUCCUUGUCCGCCGCAUUGGCCACAUUAUCAACACGGAUGGCAAAUGCCUGUUCAUCAUAAAGUCAAUUUUAUACAGCCUCAUUACGUACCUAAGCCUGCAGUUUCAGUUAUAAAAUCUAAUUCGGUAUGGAAUAAUCCUUGGCAACAAAAUUACGAAUGGCCAAAACCAUCUCAUGGUUGGCAAUCACCAGGUUGGCUUUCUGGUUGGAAAUCGUCUGGUUGGCAGUCACCAGGUUGGCAGUCACCAGGUUGGCAGUCACCAGGUUGGCAGUCACCUGGUUGGCAAUCUGGUUGGAACAAACCUUCAUAUUCUUAUGCACCUAAUUAUCACAAACCUUCGUAUCAUGUUCCCAUUCAUAACGACUGGGUUAAACCAGUUGUUCACCAACCAGACUGUCCACCAUGGCAACAUGGCCAUUCCCACACUGGCGUAGUAUAUGCACCACAGCAUCAAUAUCAUCAUCAACCACAGAUUGUUCACGUAGCCAAGCCACACUUUCACCAUCCACAACCUGUCCAUCAUCAAUACCAUCAUCAGCCACAAAUUAUGAAGGUGGUCAAGCCCCUAUACCAUCAUCCAAAACCUCUUUAUCAUCAUGCUGCAUCUUUCCAUCACCCUGUUCACCAUCUUCCACAUGUAGAGCCCUGUGACUAGUGGAAAUGUUCAUGGUCACAGAAGUACAUAAGACAAUAUCAUUUAUCACGACGGCAUUAGUUCGUUGUUUAUUAAAAUUGUACCUAUGUAAAAAUGAUUUUUUUAAAUUGUAAUUACUAUUUUAUGUUUUUAUUGCAAAUAAAUAAGUUACA